AUGUCUUCGACAUGGUGCAAUGCCAUACAAAUAGCUACCAAAUCGGGCAGAUUCCACUGUCUCUUCUGUCGCGGCUUUGAAGAACAAGGCUGCAAAGCCGCCGGAGUGCUCGCCAUUGGGGAUAUGGCCAACACAAUGGCGGCGAUGCACGUUGCACGCAUGGCCCGACGGUUUGCUACGACCGUCACUAUCUUACGCACGGCGCGCAAGAAGUCACCCAGGCACUCGAGAAAGCAAGCUACCAUACGGGCAUUAAGGUCGAUAGUAGACCUAUCACACGGCUGGUCAAGGGACCGGGCCCAUCAGAUGUGGACGUUGAAUUCAAGGAUGGUACCCAUAGAACGGAGGGAUUCCUCGUGUGUAUCCCUCGAGACCCAACUGCAAUCGAUGGUGGCAGAUCCUGACCACCUGCAGGCCCACAAGCCUAAAACCCAAAUCAAUGGCCCGUUCGCCAAUCAACUAGGAUUGCACCUCACUUCCGAUGGCAAUAUCAAGACGACGGAGCCGUUCUACAGCACCUCCGUCCCAGGAGUAUUUGCAGCGGGUGACUGUGCGGUUCCCAUGAAGGCGGUAGCAACGGCCAUAUCGUCGGGGACGUUCGUGGCGGGAGGAUUGGCCGGACAGUUGCAGGCGGAGCUGUACUCGGGACAGCAAAAACUAACGUAG